GGCCAUAACACACGCAGCAUUCAUUCAUGCCCGCCAAACCACCACCACCUCUCUUCCCUCCAGUACACCCCACACGCCGCCCCAAAUGCCUCCACACUUCCGCUUCGUCGCCAUCACCACCACCACCACCACCACCACCCGCCUCCUCCUCCUCCUCCUCCCUUCAACGCCUCAUAAACCUCUCCAUACCCUUCUCUGGAACCCAUUCCCUCCCCCAAACCCAACACGCCAUUGACACCGACACCUGCAACGUCCUCAUCAAAUCCGACACCCACUCCGGCAGCCACCUCCGAUCGCUGCUCGUGUUCACCACCAUGCUCCAAGCAUCCAUACCCCCCGACCUUCUCACCUUCCCUCCCCUCCUCAAAUCCGUCGCCCGCCUGUUCCUCCCGGAUCUCGGAUUAUCCAUCCAUGGAUGCGUCGUGAAGACCGGGUCCGACUCGGACGUCUUCGUGAAUACCGCGCUCGUUUCCAUGUACUGCUCCUUGGGCCGUGUCGGUGACGCGAGGCACGUGUUCGCCGAAAUGCCUGAGAGGAACUCCGUCACCUGGAACGCGAUGAUCACCGGGUACGUCCACAACAGGCGGUUCAGGGAGGCACACGAGUUGUUCUCCAGGAUGCUCGGGUCGGGGCUGGACCUGGGCGAGGUCACGGUGGUGACCGCCCUCUCGGCUUGCUCCCAUCUUGGAGCUCUCAGCCAGGGGAUCUGGAUUCACAAUUACAUAGAGAGUCACGGAUUGAGGCUGAACGUGUUCGUGGGCACUGCAUUGAUCGACAUGUACAUGAAGUGCGGGGUGAUCGAUGAAGCGUCCAAGGUUUUCCAGGCGAUGAGAGUGAAGAACGUCUUCUCCUGGAAUGCUUUGAUAACGGGGUAUGCCAUGAACGGCGAAGGAGAAGCUGCCCUCGAGGCGUUCGAUGAAAUGAUUAUGGAGAAGGUCAAGCCGGAUGGAGUCACCUUCCUGGCUCUUUUAUGCGCGUGCUGCCAUCAAGGACUCAUCGACAAAGGUAGAAAGCUUUUCGUCGGCAUGGAGGAGGACUUCGGCUUGCGGCCAAGGAUAGAGCACUAUGGUUGCAUGGUUGAUCUUCUCGGCCGAGCCGGUUUACUAGAGGAAGCUCACAAGCUCAUCGCGACGAUGCCAAUGAAAGCAGACGCUGCUGUUUGGAGGGCACUGCUUGCUGGUUGCAGGAUCCACGGGGACUUGCAGCUCAGAGAACUUGCAAUAAGAAAGCUCCUCGAUUUAGAGCCCGAGAACGGAGAAAACUACAUCUUGCUUGCAAAUCUUUUAGCUCGCGAUCGGCGGUGGACCGAUGUGGGAAAAGUGAGGCAGAUGAUGGGGAAGAAGAGGAUGAAGAAGGACCCUGGGUGCAGUUUGAUCGAGGUCGAUAACAGGGUACACGAGUUCGUCGUCUCCGAUCGGUUUCAGAGGAAAGGACUGGAGGAGAUCUUUACAAUGCUGGCUGCCAUGAAGAGGGAAUUGAAGCUGGCUGGCUAUGCUGUGGACACAGAGAUGGCUUCCUAUGACUUGGAGGAAGAGGAGAAGGAGAUGGCCGUGAUGCAUCACAGCGAGAAGCUUGCGCUUGCGUUUGGACUCGUAAGAGCUCAACAUGGGUCGACCGUAAGGAUAGUAAAGAACUUGAGAAUGUGUGUGGACUGUCAUACCUUUUUCAAGUUGGUCUCGGAGGUGUACCAGAGGAAGAUCGUUGUCAGGGAUAAGAACCGGUUUCAUCAUUUUGGUGGUGGAGUUUGUUCCUGUAAAGACUAUUGGUGAUGCAAUCGAGUACCUUUUUGAUCG